AUGAAGGAGAUGGUAGGAGGCUGCUGCGUGUGCUCUGACGAGCGGGGUUGGCCCGACAACCCGCUUGUCUACUGUGACGGAAAUGGCUGCACUGUUGCAGUUCAUCAAGCAUGCUACGGUAUUGUCACAGUGCCAACAGGUCCAUGGUUUUGUCGGAAAUGUGAAAGCCCAGAAACGAAAAAUAAAGUUCGCUGCGAGUUAUGCCCGUCUAAGUCUGGGGCUUUGAAGAGGUCUGACACUGGUGGGUGGGCUCACGUGGUGUGUGCGCUGUACAUCCCUGAGGUCAGAUUCGGCAAUGUGACGUCUAUGGAACCUAUUGUCCUGCGCUUGAUUCCACCAGAGAGAUAUAAUAAGACGUGUUACAUCUGCCAAGAUUUGGGUAAGACACACCGCGCGAAUGCCGGUGCUUGCAUGCAGUGCAACAAAUCAGGUUGCAAACAGCAGUUCCACGUGACCUGUGCACAAGGCUUAGGCCUCCUUUGUGAGGAAGCUGGCAAUUAUUUGGACAAUGUAAAGUACUGCGGCUACUGCCAACAUCACUACAGUAAACUGAAAAAGGGCGGUAACGUAAAGACGAUCCCGCCGUACAAGCCGGUGUCGCACGAUAGUCAGUCGAGCGACUCGAGCUGCGAGAAGGAGGGCGAACCCUCAUGCUCGCCCAAGACUGGCGGCGGCGUGACACCGACACACGCUGGCAAGUCCAAAGGGCCGGGACGUAAGUCAUCGCAUGCAACAAAUACCGUGGUCUCAGGAAAGAACACUCCAAACGCAUCAAAAACUCCGAAUCAAAACCAAAUAAUGGACAAGAAGAAACCGUCGCCGUCCCGCCGGGGGUCGUCUGCUGGAGACGGUGGUUCCAGUAGUAAGACCAGUACCCCGGCACCGUCGCCGCAGCACACGACUGAGACUGCAGCAGCUCAACCCAAAGCGUCAGGCAGCUCUACGCCGGCAGUUCCGCCGAAGGUGACGCCUCCAGCGGCAUCACCCAGCGCCAACAAACCAGUAGAACCAGUGGGAGUCAUCAGCUCAGUAGCACAGGCAGUAGCCUCCGUGUCUACCAUCACUACCAAUCCAACUAGUGCUCCAGUGCCUGCAUCAGUGGUGCAGGUACCAACUUCAAAGCCGACAUACCAGGAAUCGGUGAUCACUAAUACAGAUUUAGUGGAGACCAAACAAACGAAGAAGAGGAAGGCAAUCGCAGCUGCUAACAACAUGAACGCACCAGUCGAUUAUACUAAUAACAGUACACCACCUGUUGGGGCGGGUGAAGGCACUUCUCAACCCGGAGGAGUUUGGGAGGCCACUCACGUGCCACCAGAUGUACCGCUGGAAAAUGUUGACAAAAUUAUUAAGAAGGCUAAGACGGAAGGUCUAGAAGCGAUUCCAGUGCCGACGUCUCACUUCGCGAGCGUGAGUCCCGCGCCUCCACCACCUCCGCCGCCACCGGCACAUAGCCCGGCCUCUAAUCCGAGUCCAAGGCACCUGCCUAGUCCAAUGCCGGGGCCGAGUGGAAUGAACCAAGUAUCAAACAUUCGCUCGCCAUCGAACCCACAGGGCGGCAAGGGCGAUCGCGAGGGGCCUGCAUCGCUUCUCGUGUCGGUGCCGUUGCCCUCCACGAGCCACGGGCUCAACCUCACAGCGCACUCACAGGUACAAAAUGAAAUGCCAGGUCCUUCGCCGCAUAUUUUCCACCAGCCUCAAAAACAAGUCAGUACGCCUAUGGACACUGGCAUGACAGGGCAUUCACCACAUGCUAUGCCCGGGCGCUCCUGGGGAGGUCUUAACGUAGCAUAUGAGUUACAAGAUCCAAAUAAACCAGGUAUGAGUGGCAUGCCUGGUCCUAGUAAGCAGCCAGAUAUGGGCCCCGUGAACAUGGCUCCCAUGCCACCGACUACAGUGAGGACUAAGAAACGAGCCGCCAUGGCCACAUCGGUCGUCGCCAUGGCUAACACAGCUUCUGCUAUACAGACAAUGACAACGCAGACGUUGGCCAGCGUACGCCGUCAGCCACAGCCGACGCCGCCGCCGAUCUACUCGGAGACUAUCAAAGACUCGCCACCAAGCUCACCAAGCUCUGAAAGACCAUUGAAGCCUAAGAUGGAGUCCAAAACCUUCAUGUAUCCCAGGAUCGGAGCUUCUUGUACCGCCCCACACAUGCUAGGCAAUGAGCUUAACCCUGAGAGCGGAGCGGCCGCUUGCCUUCAGGAACAGUUAACCGCUGAACUAGCCGCCCAUGCCGCCGGUAGCGCAGGUGGAGAUACCCUCAUACCGCCACCGCUUAUCAACAAAGCCGCGCCUGGCGGCAGUAUCAGUUCGGGACGAUCCUCGAGCGCUCAAAGCCUCGAUCAGUUGUUGGAACGGCAGUGGGAACAAGGCUCACAGUUCCUCAUGGAACAAGCCCAACAUUUCGACAUCGCAUCGCUGUUGUCAUGCCUGCACCAGCUGCGCACUGAGAAUGUUCGGUUGGAGGAACAUGUAGGCAGCCUGCUGCAGCGCCGAGACCAUCUGCUCGCGGUUAACGCUCGGCUCGCAAUCCCACUCACUACUGUGACGACUGGCCCGCCCGAGCCGAGCCGGUGCACGCGCGAAAAUGGCCCGCAGAUGAUGCAGGUGCGGCCGCCGCCGCCGCCAGUGCGCGCCGCCGAGACUAUCACCUCGGACCGCCCACACCAGCUUAUAAUGCGUGAGGUGCAGCAGAAGCCCAGCUGA